CUGAAACUUAAAAUUUGUUUAACAUAUUAGAAGGAUUAUGAAACGUGAUGGGCUGAUACCUCGUUGUGUUAAUAGAGAAGGAGGAAAGGGUCUUUAGUUAAACGAAUUAUCCAUUUAAAAACACGCCUUAAAAACUUUAAUUUAAAGACACUAUAACCGAUCAAAACCUUUCAUUGAUGAAAAUGACCGCAGUCGUAUUGACUCGUAUUAUUAAACAAUUCAUAUAGUACUUCUUCAUUUAGUUAGACGGGCCAAGCUCUACUACGCCAAAAAGGAAUUGCGUCAACAAAAGUUUACGUCAAACAGAAUACACGCAUCCGACUAGCUGCUAAGAGUACAAUCUUUAACUGUGGCAUCGAAGAUUACUGUACUAAACAAGUGGCAUGCAUUACAACUUUGCUUUUGUAACUACCACAGACUAUUGAAGCAGAAAUCGGCUUUGUCGCACUACAACACCAAAAAACAAAAGUGAGCAAAGAAACAACAACACUUUCUACGCUUUUAGUCAUGGGAAUUAAAGGACUCUCCCAGGUCAUCGCAGACAAUUGCCCGUCUGCCGUCAGACACAAUGAUAUUAAGAACUAUUUUGGCCGCAAAGUAGCUAUUGAUGCUUCUAUGAGUUUGUAUCAGUUCCUUAUUCAAGUGCGUGGUCAAGACGGCCAGCAAUUAAUGAAUGAUCAAGGAGAAACCACAAGUCACUUGAUGGGCAUGUUCUACCGGACACUACGCAUGGUUGAUAAUGGACUCAAACCAUGCUACGUUUUUGAUGGUAAACCACCUACGCUCAAGUCGGGUGAGCUGGCAAAACGUGCAUCUCGACAACAAAAAGCCCGUGAAGAACGCGAGGAAGCAAAGGAAGUCGGUACUGCGGAGAUGGUUGAUAAAUUUGCCAAACGUACUGUCCGUGUCACUCGCCAACAUAACGACGAGGCGAAAAAGCUGCUGGAGUUAAUGGGUAUCCCUUAUGUCAACGCUCCAUGCGAAGCCGAAGCUCAAUGCGCAGCUUUGGCAAGAGCCGGAAAAGUAUACGCCGCAGCUUCAGAAGAUAUGGACACAAUGUGUUUCCAAGCGCCUAUUCUGCUUCGACAUCUGACGUUCAGUGAGCAACGUAAAGAACCCAUUAGCGAGUACUCUUUUGAGAAAACCAUCGAGGGAUUAAACUUUACCAUCGAGCAGUUUGUUGAUCUUUGUAUUCUUUUAGGCUGCGAUUACUGCGAUCCCAUCCGUGGUGUGGGACCCGCUCGUGCUGUAGAACUUAUUCGUCAACAUGGAAAUUUGGAUAACUUUGUCAAAGACGCAGACAAGAAAAAGUUCCCCAUUCCGGAAGAUUGGCCUUACCAGGAUGCCCGCCGACUGUUUUUGGAAGCAGAGGUUCAAGAGGCAAAAGACAUCGAACUGAAAUGGCGUGCUCCAGACGAGCAAGGAAUCAUCAAAUUUCUCGUAGAGGAGAAAGGCUUUAACGAAGACCGUGUACGUGUCGGUAUCAACCGUCUUGUAAAAGCCUCAAAAACGAUUCCCCAAGGCCGACUUGACAGUUUCUUCAAAGUCCUGCCUUCAACGAAAAAGGAGAAAGAGAAGCCUAAAGCUGCUGCGAAGCGCAAACGAGACACAAAGUCCUCUGCACCUAAAAAGAAGCGUUGAUUCUCGAGAAAUUCACUUGGAAUUUUUAUGUAUAAAGAUUACUAUCAUGAUCUUGUCAUUACUCUACAAUGCUGCUUGCAUUAUCGUCUAGACGAAAGUGUACUAUGCAACGGAAAACAAAUGGACUACAAGUGAUCCAGAAAUCCGGGUGUUACUGAUCAACUUGUAUCCGUAAGAUGAGAAAAAUGCUUGCAAUCCGGGGAUACUGCGGAAUAGUGCUGCAAUCGGAAUCUAAACCAGUUCAAUCUCACCAAGUUGGGUAAUUUCUUCAGACUCGGAUGCGUUCAUAAUACUAAGGAACAUAUUCCAAAAAAGAGACACAAUGCUUGAGAAUGGCAGUUGAUAUUGCAAAGGCAUGAACCAAAAGUUCACAGCUUGAACGAAUGGCCAAACAGAGUAAUUGGCCUGUACGAUAUCGUUAGCAAGAACCUGGGUGCUGGUAUGAAACGUGCACACAAGCACGAAGACAAAAAUUAAAUCAAUCACUGUCCGGCUGACCACAAGGCAUACAUACCUUUAAAGUUGGCAAAAGGACAUUUUGCAAACGACGUUUUGCCUCUCGGAGAGUGUUACCCUCAGUGAGUGUCAUCCAAGUGUAAAAUGCACUUAGACCAAACGGAGCAAAAACUAUUUGAUCCAAAAGGACACGAGAAACAACGUUCCCAACACCCUUACUCACAGGAAGCUUUUGGGCUAAAAAGCGAAGCCAUCGAAACUAAAAUACCUGUUAAAAUGUUGUCCGUGGAACACUUCUGUGACAACAAUCGUUUACCUGAAUGGGUGAAAUUGCAAAACCUAUAUUGCGACGAAGAAAGUUAGCAACUGGUGAGCAGCCUCUGCGUUCUAAUAACACUUACCAAACCCGACAAACUGAAGUACUCGACGUAUGCUCGGCAGCUCUGGAUGAGCACGAAGCUAAACCAAUUGUUAGCAAACAUUGCUCGUUCUCCCUACUCCUCAAACAACACGACCAACAACACCUGCCAAUGUACCCACCUUCUCACCGCCUAAACCGGUAAUAGCGUUUUUACGAGCGCGAUAAAUGGUCAGUCCCUGAGCAAGGCCGUCGGAAAUGCCUGCAAGGGUUGCUGCCGUGAAACACAUGGUCAGCACCGGCGACCUUUGGUACCAUUGAUUAUAACGAGCAGAAAACGAUCGAAACAUAGAGUGGAAAGGGAAGAGGGAGCUGCUGCUGCUUUAUGAAGCAACAAUACUCACAUUGAAGAUUGCAGCAGCUCACCAACGCACGACUCGCGUCAGACACGAGACAAGUGAUAACCACACACCAUUACCGAAGCAUCACUCAACAUCAUGCACAACAUCACGUCACUCAGAAAACACUCGGACUUCAAAGACUCUUGUUGACUAUGACAUCACCGAAAACCACUAUCUAUCAGGCACCGAAUGAAGGCCAUACGACAUCCGAGCCAUUGCCGGAAAAGCAUCUUCACCAGAUCCACAAAACCAAUCACCUCUGCAAUGUUAGCCGACGAACAAUCAAGUCGAUGAGGAACAAGGAAACAGCAACUGAAAGCCUAGCCAAGCGGAAAUCAUGUUCAGAGAGUUAAAAAACUUCGCAUACUCGUCAAAGUAUAUACUACGAGUGAGCUGGGUUUACGAAGGAGAUUCAUCAGGGUACAUGAUUCCACAAGCAAGCCCAACAGAGCCGACACCCUCAAAAAUCGAAAACUUACCAAUAGACGUUCAGAAGCAACGCUGCACUACCACAAGGCACUAGACGAUUGAAGUAGGCAGAGCUGCUUGACGGUCUUUUCCAAGUGGGAGGAGGCCACUAUUUAUGUCAGAAAAUUUCGGUUUUGAAGUGUGACGGCUGUUUUCACCCCCACCCCUAAACACUAACACGCUUCGGGAAAUCUUGCAGAAUUAGGGCAAAACUGGUCAAUUUACGUCAUUGAAAAACACGUUAAUCAAACUUAAUCUUUGUUCCUUGCGGCUUGACGAUGGCUGCCGUAGCACGUGCAGCUCUGGCCAAAGCUGCUCCUGGGCGAAUAGAACGAGGAUCGACCUUACGAGAGCGUUUGACAGGACGUUCGUAAGAGUCGGCUUCACCGGAACCAGUUUCGUCGGCUCCAUCACCGUAGUCUCCGGAAUUGUUCGUUCGAGCGGCACGCGCGGGACGAACACGCUUCGAACGGUCUUGACCAUACUCAAGGCGCCACGUGUCGUGACUCAUGGCCAUGGCACGCUGAGCUGUUUCAACAUCAAAAAAGUCUACAAAGCCGAAACCCUUGCACUUGCCGGUAUCCUCGAACGUCAUUAAGCGAACACGACGGAUGCGACCAGCAUCGCCAAAGUACUCGCUUAAAGUUUCUUUUGUCGCGUCAAAGGGGAGGUUACCGACGAACAGUGUGCUGGAUGGCGGGUUCGCCGGACGUGCGGCGAUCUUUUCGGUUUUAGACACGGUGACCUUGUCGGGCCGGCCGGUGUAGUCGGUGCUGGAUUUGAUGAGAACGUUACGGCCGUUCAAGGCGUGUUCCGAACACGCGAGAGCUAAACCCAACGACUCCUCCGAGUCAAAGUCGACGUAAGCGAAACCGCGAUUCUGGUUUUUGCGAAUUUUGUUCAUCGGCAUGUGAACACGAACAAUCUGUUCGGCUUGCAGUCCAUUGCCUCCUUGUUCUGCCGCAAUUGCUGCCGUCUCCCGAACAAAAAACUCUUUGAGGAUGUCCACAGUCGUGAGGAAACUAAGAUUACCGAUCCAGAUGCCGAACUUAGUCGCCGGUUUGUUCGGAGCAGAAGAACCUUUAGGCCCCUUUUCGGCGUCUUCAUCGGUGUCUUUCUCACCGAGCUUUUUCUCCAGCCGGCGAAGACGUUUCGCUUCCUUCUUUUUGGCCUCUUUGAGAGCUUCCUCAGUCCAGUUGCCGUCUUUAUCAAUCUUUCCAGCUUUUCUCAGCUUGCGUCGAAGCUUCCGAGAAGGCGGCACUGGUUGUGAUACAUCAAUCUCCAACAAUUCCUCCUCGUCGCCCUUCGAGUGUUUGGAGGAUGCGUGGUGCUUGGACUUGUGAUGCUUCGAGUCCUUCGACACCUUGUUCUCGGUGUCUGACGGCGCAUCCUCAGCAUUUUGUGGAAGCUCAUUGUCCGAAACCGACUCCUUCCUACUACGGCUGGAGUCGUCGUCCUCAGCGUGCUCGCUGUGAUCCUUGCUCAUGGCUUUGGCGAAGAAUGUGAAAACGAAGCGCUAAGGAAGCAGGAUUCGGUGUGAUGCGAUGCAGUUCGUUAAACUUUUUUAGGUAAUUUAUUGAUGGAUGUGUUAAAGAACAAUUGAGAUUAGUAAUGAGAUCGCUACAUAAAUUACGGAGCAUGGAGACGACUCCACUAUUCAAA